CCAGCUUCAGUCUCUCUCGGUCUUCUCUCUCUCAUCUCUCUUUGUGAUUGCCAAUUCGUCAUGUCUCUCGGAAAGAAGGUUACUCUCAACACUGGCGCCUCCCUCCCCCAGCUGGGGUUUGGGACCUGGCAGUCUGCCCCUGGGGAGGUUGGUGAGGCUGUCUACGAGGCUCUCAAGGCGGGAUACCGUCAUCUGGACUUUGCUACCAUCUACGAGAACCAGCGCGAGAUUGCCGCGGGGAUGAAGCGUGCCUUUGCUGAUAUCCCUGGUCUGAAGCGUGAGGACCUGUUUAUCCUAAUUCUCGAUAAGACCUCCAAGCUCUGGAACAGCCAGCACCACCCCGACGACGUUGAGCCUGCCCUUGAUGCCUGCCUGGAGGAGAUUGGUAUCGAGUACCUCGAUCUAUACCUCGUCCACUGGCCCAUUGCCUUCAAGCGGGGCGCCAACUACUUCCCCCUGAUCCAAGGUAGCACCGUGGAGGGCGGUGAUGUCGAGAUUGACGACGAUCUCUCUAUUGUCGACACCUGGAAGGCCAUGAUCAAGCUUCCCAAGAGCAAGACCCGCGCGGUCGGUGUUUCCAACCACAGCAUUGAGCAUAUCGAAGCUCUCAUCAACGCCACCGGGGUUGUCCCCGCGGUGAACCAGGUCGAGCGUCACCCGCUGGUGCCCAACCUGCCGCUGGUCAACUACUGCAAGGAGAAGGGCAUCCACAUCACGGCGUACUCGGCCUUUGGCAACAACGCCUUUGGCGAGCCGCUGAUCAUCAACCGCCCCGAAGUCAAGGCGAUCGCCGAGCAGGUCUCGCAGCGCACAGGCUCCCCCGUCAGCGCCGCCCAGGUCAUUCUCGCCUGGUCGCAGGUGGGCGGCCACUCGGUGAUUCCCAAGUCGGUGACCCCGUCGCGCAUCCGCGCCAAUUUUGAGGAGAUCGAGCUGCUGCCCACCGAGGUCGAGGCCGUCUCCGCCCUGGGCGCCCACCCGCGCCGCUUCAACGUCCCGUACAUUGCCAACAAGCCGCGCUGGGACAUCAACAUCUUCAACGACCCGGCCGAGGCGCCUGCCACGCACAAAAUUAUUUUCUAA